CCGUCCUAAGAAAAAACGCAGUAAUCGCAAAAAUUGAAAAAUCGAGAUUAUUGCACCAAACGUUUUAACAUCGUUUUCUGUGUAAUAACGCUCUAUAUAAAAAUAUUGUGGUAUAUUCCGAAGUCAUCAAACCCAUAGUUCAUUUUGCCGUAAGUUAAAAAAAUAUAGUGUAAUACUUAGUAAAAACGCAGCAUUAUCGCAAUACAAAUUAAAAAUGCAGUAUUUGCAACGUACGUACUGCAUUUUUUCAUAGUAUCAUUGCUUUACUGCUUUUUAACUUGGCAACACAGACAAAAACGUGGGUUAUCUAUGACGAAUACGGCGUCAUUGCAACUGCAAGCGUCAUCUGAUUAGUGUGUGCGUUGGUUGUUCGUUCGUGUUUUCGUAUUUGGUGUUUCUUUUUUUUCGGUAAAGAUUAUUUUUAUAGUGAAUUAUAUUUAGGACUAUUCAAUUUAUCGUAGAGUGUUAUAAAAAUCAUAAAAUGUUGUGUGAUAUUUGCAACACUUGGAUGUCAAGGACUCAAUAUAUGCUACAUCGUGCUUCAGACAAAUGUAAAUCUUCAUUGUUAGAUGAUUCUAGAACAGUUGUAUCUGAAGUAACUGUUGAUAAAAUGGAAGUCGUAGUGUAUGAGGCAGAAAUUAUGGAGGAUAGAGGAGAUAUUGUUUUAGAUGAGUCUGUCACAACACUUCAACCUUCAAUGGACGAAGAUGUCUUAAAGAGUAGAGUGGAUGUGGUGGAAAAUGGAGAAGAAAUUGGUAUAUCUAUUAUGUAUAUUUUAUAUAACAUAUAAAUUAUAUGUAUAACAUAGGUUGUACCGUGUUCUGUACUUAAACGAAGUAAUAAUUAAAUUUUAUCUUGUUUCAGUGUUAAAGGAAUCUGUGGAUAAACCAUUGGACGAAGCUGCAUCUCCAUCGGUCCAAUUUACUAAAAAGGGAACUAUACGAAUUCGCAGAAGUAAUUCUUUAAGUGU